GUGGAAUGACGUUAGAUCCCACUCUCGGUCGAAGGCCUGAAUUUGUGGUCGCCCUUCCUGAGUGACGGUAGUGACGCGUAUUGCCAGACGAUGGCGGACGCCGGCUUUCGCCGCGUGGUUCCCAGCGACCUGUACCCUCUUGUGCUCGGCUUUCUGCGCGACAACCAACUCUCAGAGGUGGCCAAUAAGUUCGUCAAAGCGACAGGCGCUGCGCAGCAGGAUGCCAACGCCUCCUCCCUCCUGGACAUCUAUAGCUUCUGGCUCAACAGGUCUACCAAAGCCCCAAAGCGGAAGUUACAGGCAAAUGGACCAGUGACUAAGAAGGCUAAGAAGAGCAGUUCAUCCAGUGACAGCAGUGAGGACAGCAGUGAGGAGGAAGAAGUUAAAGUAGCUCCAGCUAAGAAAUCUGCUGUACCUGUGCCAGCCAAGAAGGCCAUUCCAUCUCAACGUCCUGGAAAGACUGUGGCCAAAGCUUCAGAGAGCAGCAGCAGUGAGGAAUCCAGUGAUGAUGAUGAGGAGGAAGACAGAAAGGUCAACACUGUCCAGCAAAAGGGAGUUAAACCUCAAGCCAAGGCAGCCAGACCUCCUCCUAAGAAGGCCCAGAGUUCUGACUCUGAUUCUGAUUCCAGUUCAGAGGAUGAGGCACCAAAGAACCAGAAGCUGAAGACAGCACCUGUGGCAGUGAAAGCCCCAGCCAAACCAGGUGCACCAGCUCAAACAGUACCUAAGGUGGCCAAUGGCAAAGCCGCCAGUAGCAGCAGCAGCAGCAGCAGCAGCAGCAGCGAUGAUUCAGAGGAGACGGAAGCAGCUGUCCUCAAGACUACACCUAAAAAGCAAGCUGUAACCAAGGCCCUUGUAAAAGUACCUGUUGUAGCCCAGAAGAGUUCUAGUAGUGAAGAGUCCUCCAGUGAGGAGGAAGAGGAACAGAAAAAGACCACCAAGAAGAAACCAGGUCCCUACAGUUCUGUGCCUCCACCUUCUGUUCUCCCACCAAAGAAGCCUCUGGGAGCCCCAUCUUCCAAGAAAGCUCUAGAGAAGAAGCAUUCCGAGGAAAGCAGUGAGGACAGCAGUGACGAGUCUGAUUCAAGUUCUGAGGAAGAGAAGAAACCCCCAGCUAAAGCAGUUGUCUCUAAAGGAGCCACUAAACCAGCUCCAGCGAAGAACGCAGAAGAGAGCUCUUCAGACAGCUCAGACUCUGACAGCUCCGAGGAGGAAGCUCUUUCCAAGCCAUCCAGUAGCUCCAAGAAUUCCUCAAGUAAGCCAGCUGCCACUGCUAAGCCACCUGCUGCUAAGACAGCAACUGCCACUCCCAAGCAGCUUGCAGGCAGCGGCCCAAAGCCUCUGACCAGAAAGGCUGAUAGCAGCUCUAGUGAGGAAGAGAGCAGUUCCAGUGAGGAGGAGACGACUGUGGCCACCCCGAAGGCAAGGGUGACUGCCAAAGCAGCACCGUUUCCGCCUGCCAAACAGGCUGCCCAGGCUGGUGGGGGCAGCAGCUCUGACUCUGAUAGCUCCAGCGGUGAGGAGGAGGAGGAAGAGGAGAAGGAAGAGAAGACAACCAAAUCCCUGGCUAAAAAGCAGCCCAAGAAGGUGGCAGGAGUGGCAGCCCUACCCAAGGCAGUCUCUACCAAGAAAGCCAAGGCUGAGAGCAGUAGCAGUUCUUCCUCCGAGGAUUCCAGUGAGGAAGAUAAAGAGGUGGAGAAACCCAAGAUGGGGCCCACUGCACGACCACAGGCUCCAGAGGCCAACGGCACCUCUGUACUGACUGCCCACAAUGGGAAGUCUGAUGAGGUUACCGAGGAGGAGGAAGGAGAGAAGAAAAAGGCAACAGUGGCUGUCGCUAAGCCAGAGUCAGGAAAGAAACGGAAGCAGAAGGAGGCAGUCAAGGAGUCAGAGACUCCUCAAGCCAAGAAGAUUAAGCUCCAGACUCCUAACACAUUUCCAAAAAGGAAGAAAGGAGAGAAAAGAGCAUCUUCCCCAUUUCGAAGGGUCAGGGAGGAGGACAUAGAGGUGGAUUCACGAGUGGCAGACAACUCCUUUGAUGCCAAGAAAGGUGCAGCUGGAGACUGGGGGGAACGGGCCAAUCAGGUUCUGAAGUUCACCAAGGGCAAGUCCUUCCGGCACGAGAAAACCAAGAAGAAGCGAGGCAGCUACCGAGGAGGCUCCAUUUCUGUGCAGGUCAAUUCCGUCAAGUUUGACAGCGAGUAACCUGGGCGAGCAAGGGCAAUGAUUGACGGCUACUUGCGUGGAACUGGGAUUCCUCUGCUCUGGUGGGGUAGAGGGGUGUCUUGGCGAGGACAGAAGUUUAGAGUAGGUCCUGGGCCUUUACAGCAUAGUAACUCCUCUGGUCCUUUUCUGUGUCCUAGUUUUGUACAGAUUGACUCCCUGCACCCCUUGAAUAUCAGGGACAAAGUAAGAGGAGUGUUGUUUUUAAACAAAUACAUUUUGGUUGUUCCCCUUGUUCUUUGGAAGGCCUCCUGCUGUGAAAUUUAUAUAUUUUGUAUUAAAUGAUUUCUCAUUGGU